AUGCACCAGAAGAGAACGAGACCAGAGACAAUGCCGGCACACACACAAAGACGGAGAGUCGAAGACAAACACACGGACAGACAUCGGCCGACAACACAGCGCUGGGUUUUUGGGCCCCCUGAAUUUUCUUGCCCCCCCGGUACUAGGUUCACCUUACCGAAUGGCGUCCACUGCUCACUAGACUCGGGAUCAGGAGAGGAACUCUCCUUCCCACAGAGGCGGCUGCCUUCCAGCGCGUCCGCUGGCCUCGGUCUUACGCCCGCUGGCCUGACCCCCUAUAGAAAGCUUUCUCCUGUGCCAGAUACCUUCCUGCUUCACAGCAGGGCCUUGGAUUUACACUGGACUUCUUGUCCUGCCUGA